AUGGUCGUCUACACUCACUUCCUGGUGGUCGACUGUCCGAUAGCUUAUAACUCCAUCAUCGGUAGGCCCGCCCUCACCCGAAUAAAGGCCAUAUUAUCGCCGCAUAUGCUGCUCCUCAAAUUCCCAACGCACUCUGGUGUUAGCCAAGUACAAGGGGACCAAUUGAGCGCACAAGUAUGUUAUGUGUUAUCCGUGGGAGAAUCGGCAACCCGAGUAUUGGGACAGAAAACACCUGAAUCCCUGGCCGUUUCCACCAUGACCAUGAUGAACGGCAAGGAAGGGUCUGAGCGUCCUAACGACCCUCGAGACGAAGGCGUCACGCCGCAAGCUCUACUGUUGAAGAGCUAG